AUGGUGGUUACCACGACUGGAUACAUUGUCAGUGUACUGGGGCCGUACGUGGGUAAAAACAACGACGCCAGUAUACUCAACCACAUCGUUAAUGAGAAUGUCGAAGAAUUUCGACAUUGGAUACAAGAAGACGAUAUUGCUGUUGUAGACAGGGGAUUUAGGGACGCAGUUCAACUUUUGAAGGACCUCGGUGUCAAGACAGAAAUGCCCUCGUUCCUUGGACCCAAAGAAAAACAAUUCAAGACAAACAGCGCUAAUCACAGUCGAUUGGUCACAAAGAUUAGAUGGGUAGUAGAAUCGGCAAACGGACGGUUGAAAAACUGGAAAUAUCUUGAAAUAUCUCGCGUGAUACCCAAUUCUCAGAUCCCGUAUGCCGGAGAUUACACACGCAUAGUUGCGGCGAUCUGCAACAAGUACAGAUCCCCACUGAUAGCAGGUAAUGAUGAAGAUGACCUAUUGACAGCCGCGCGUCUGAUAUCAAUGAGCCGCCGUGAGAACCUCUUGCAAGCAAGGGUCGAAGAAGAAGGACUUGACCAUCUGACUAAGUCCUCCGGUUGGGCACUAUUGUCUGAACCUGGUGUGGUGCCGGACUUUUCAAAGCUGGACGAGUCCGACCUUAGGACUUUGACUGUUGGUGUUUACCAACUUAAGCUUGCGCCAUCCUACGUACAAGAGCACCUUGAUGAACAUGGCAACUUCGAUAUCUUUGUCCGCGAGCAAUCGCCUGGCCUUCUUUGUAUUAAAAUACAGAGCAGGCAUAUGUCAGCUAUCAGAUACAAAUGCUGGGUUGGGUAUAACGAGGGCGCCAUUAAUGGGUGGUACUGUAAAUGUAAGUCGGGGGCCAGGGUUGUUGGCAUGUGCGCCCACAUAACAGCGGUUGUAUGGCACUUGUCAUACCAGCGUCACGAUGUCAUGGCACGCGGUGUCAGGAACUGGACCGAUGCUCUAAUUGACACAGCUGAGCCUUAA